AUGAUCAGAAGACAGCUGAGCACUGGUAAGGACGACAUUAGGGUGCUGGCUGAGAGGACAUCCACCACGGUUGACCUGGAUAACACCAAUGUCGACUCUAUAACGCACGAUUUGGUGCCACAGUGCGCGUCGUGUGGUAUACAGCUCCAGUCCAGCGACGCUGAUGAGAUUGGGUACUAUAAGGAGCCUGCGAAUAAGCCGAAGGCCUACAACUCCAAGAGGCUGCAGUUCCUGAGUGCGUACGCUCAGCUCGACCAAGAAGGUCGGAGGCUGCUGGCUGGAGAAGAUGCGGAUGCCAGGGCCAAGCAGGAGCCAGUUCAGGAGCCAGUUCAGGAGAAGGUUGAGGAGCUGGUCUGCCUGAGGUGCCACAACGCACUCCAUCACAAUGUAUACAAGGUGAACGAGCACCAGCCGAUGAACAUGCACGAAGUUCUCUCUCCAAUCCCAUUGAACCACCAAAUCAUCAACGUCUUCUCAGCCUAUGACUUCCCACUGUCAUUGGUGCCACUGAGCUCAAGGAAGAACGUAACAUAUGCCAUGAACAAGGUGGAUCUGCUGGCUGGACACAAGUCCUUUGUCAAUAAGUACUCCUCCUUCUUUGCUGAGAUGCUGAAACGGUUUACAGGCUCAAAGAACCUCGUUGUUGUCAGUGGUCACACCUCUUGGGGUGUAUUAGAGCUGCUGAAGAAGCUAGGCAAUGUCAACUACCUCGUUGGAUAUGUAAACACGGGCAAAACCAGGUUGGCAAACCGGCUUUGGAACUCUUCCGUGCAGCUCAGUUCUCCUGGUGCAAAGAACGUUGAUGCCCUAGGCUCAUCACACUUACCAUCAUUAACAAGAGAUAACAUUGUUCAUAAGUGCAACCAGAAGAAGGUCAUUGAUACCCCGGGGUUCCUCAAUCACGACAACGUGUACUCCUUGAUUCAGGAGCAAUUUUUGAAGCACACUUUGAAAGGCCAGAAGAUACUGGUGAAUGACUUGAAAACAGCUACCUACAUAACG